GCAGUGACUGCUACGGAUUGUGUAUCCGACACGCAAGCGUUCAAAUCACACGCAAUGAGCAUGCAAGUGAAUGUCUUGGCAUAGUCCCUUUAGUACUGGGAUCGACUGUUACUGCUUUGGAGUGCGUUGCUGACGCUAUGCGAGUAAUGACGCUGCUGUGCUAUCGUUUCCAAACUCUGGUGCUGUUGAAUCUAGUUCAAGAUUGUUUCAAUCUCUUGGCAUUCGCAGGCAUGAACAAGACACACCGAAUGAUAAACUGCUCGCGACCUCUCGAUAGUGAGUGUCAAAGCGUCCCAACAGACGCGACUGGAAUCGGAGUAGGAGUAUUCUUCGCAGUGGUUGUCAUUGCGUUAAUACUUGCGAUCGUCCUGUGGAAGAAGAAGAUUUUGGUGAUGCCCGAGUGCCUAUCAAAAAGGAUCGAAGAACUUACCUUAGCUGGCAGUAUGGUGCUUGCGAAUGUGCGCGGAGCCGGUAAAGUCGUGUUGGGACCUGACGUGGAGAGACAGCAGCAAGACGACCAUGGUGUUGCAGUCAACAUUGGCGACGGCUCAUAUGCAGAUACUGGGGCAAACCUUUGCACACAGGAGAAUGGAUAUGAUGUGAUUGGCGCCGCUAGUUCCCUCAAGGCUCGAAACGCGACCACUUCACAAAAGCAACAAGUGACAAAACGACAUACUGUUCAAGCUGAGUUCAUGUAUGCCAACGCAGCUGAACCAGCCACAGCAAGUCAAGCCGGGUUGGUUGAGGAACAUUAUGAGAACGGGUGCGCUACGCUGAAGUUUCGUGCAGCUGAACAAGGCCAGUACAGUUAUGCAGCUGACCAGGGCCAGUACAGUUGUGCGUCUGAAGGGACCAUACAGGCAUCGCUGGCUGACAACGUGUACAGCAAUGUUGCGGAAGGACCGCUAGUUGCCUCACUGGAUGAGAGCCAGUAUGACAAUGCAGCCCCAGUGCAGCAACUACAGACCUCAUCUGCAGAUGGACGUGAUGUUAGCACUUACGAUGUGCCAUUGGGCCUUUAUCCCGAGACUUCAGGAAGCCCAUCAACAUACGACAACACACUGUUCCAAACAGAGGUGCCGCCUGGUGGUGGAAAAAUGGCUGAAGAAGCUCUUUACGACAAUCCACUUCCCCCACAGUUCCUUUGCGUAGCACGAGAAGCGUGAAUCUGUAGGGAAUUGGUGCCAUGCGAAAUGAGUAAUCCAUCUUCCUAACUUGGAACUUGGACUUUCUCUUAGCACAACUCUAAUUUCUGCAAUAUGGACCCCAUGCAUAAUCUUUGGCUAUUUUCACUGAAUUUUAUUAAACAUUUGCAUUGGUUUUAUUGUAAAGAAAAUACUGUCACAUAUCGAACCCUUACUUAUCAGAUUUUGAGUACCCAUUUAAAUAAUUUCAAAUUUGUUUGGCCCAUAUCAAUGCCUUAUACAUUCUGCAAAUGUCCCUCCCCGAGAUGUAAAGAACAGAGCGUUUAUUUCACCUGUCGUGCAGCCAACAUCAAUUCGCAUCAACUAAUGGUUCAAAACUCCUAUUUGCAUUGCGCGUAUCAUCGUUUGAGGCAUUUCCACUUGGUUGUACCUCUUCUUCGUAUAUUCCAAAACCUUUUGUGUACUUGUCUGAUUUCAUGCGAGUCUAUAUUUUCAAUAAUCAUGGUCGUAUGCUUCGAAAGUAAUAUUUUACCACGCUUGCGUUGCUCUCAGGUUUGGUAUAAAGCUCCCAUGCUUUACAGCCGAGUAAUAAUAAAAGAUCAAUACACAUUUCCAGGA